AGAGUUUAGAAGCCUCCCCGAUUGACUGAUACGAAAGUCACCAGCCACGACCCCCCGUGGAGACGUCGUCUGAUCUUCACACGGAGUGAUAUUGUAUCAAGAUACGGGUUUUACAACUACAGCGGCACCAUGUGUCAGGUACUUUCAGUCAUAGGCCGGAUCCUUAUUGGGUUACUCAGCCUCGUGUUCACGAUCAUAGGCUUGGCUAUCUUGGCAGCUGGCGUCAUGGUCAAGGUGCAAUCACCAUACAUAUCCGGUUUAUUGGAGUCUGCAACUGCAGCUGCUGAACAACAGGCCUCCACGGCUACAGGUUCUUCAACAACCUUCCCAGAAAUCGAUCUCAGUGAGCUGCUCGGCGGUCUAGCUACUGCCUUUAUUGUCCUCGGAGUGGUAAUGAUGGCCAUCGGGAUAUUCGGCCUCGUUGGAGCUUGCUGUAUGGUCAAAUGCGUGGUCAUCUGUUACCUGGUGAUAGUCAGCCUGCUGUUUGUCAGCCAGCUCACCCUGAUACUCAUCUUGGUCAUAAACAGAGGUCUGAUUGUAGAUUAUCCUCGAAACACCCUGAAGACGACACUGCAGCAAGAGUACCAAGGCGUCAAUGGAACAGAUGUGACGUCACUGGCCUUGAAUGUGUUGAUGGUUCAGCUGGAAUGUUGCGGCAUCAAUAACGGCAGCGACUUUGAUGCUGCCACGAAGUGGCAGACCACUUUUGGGAUGUCGUCUCCGAUCUUGUACAUGACACCUGUUGCAUGCUGUAAGGCAGGGAAGUACACAGGCCCGCCCACGGGAGAUGACUGUGCAAAACUUCCUACCGACGUAAACAGCAAUUUUAACAAGGGAUGCUAUGACUCAAUCCUGGAUUUCGUUCUUAAGGGGGACACCUUCAUCAUCUUCGCAUGUGUUGAUGUUGGUGGUUUGUUCCUACUGGUGUUCUUCUCGGCCGUCAUGCUCCACGAGAUUAUCAAGAAGGAAAACAAAGUGUGGCCAUAGGAGAUUCCCAGGCGAACUGCUGUAUCUGUGAUCUCAAGAUGCUCAAGGUGGUUAUUCUUUACGCUCCUUCCAUAGGCUCAGGAGGAAGGAGUGUUCAUUUUUCAUGUAAAUAGCGCUAACCGUUUUGUCAGAUAGUUUGUUUUCAAAUAGUAUUAAGUCUUUGAGUCUUUACAGUAUUCGAAAAAACUAACAUGUUUUGAAGAAAUGUUGAAAAUCAGUGACUUUGGGAUUAGAUUAUAUUUGUAUAGUUGAAAACCGACCUGUUGUUUAAAAUAUACUCAUGCCAAUAAUGGUUGUCAACCCCCAAAAACCCACCCCGCACCCCCACCCCCACCUCACAACCCCACCCCACACCCCCUCUCAAUUUAAAAAAUUAAGUUGGUGACAACCAUUAUUGGCAUGAGUAUAUGUUACCUAGUUCAUACUUUUUUUGUUGAGAAUACGCAAAUCUAAAAA